AUGAUGCUUUUCGUUUUGCCAUUUUUGGUCACAAUUUUCGGAUUGGGUGAGUUUUUUUUUGCGAUUUUUGAUUGAUCAAACUAAAUAUAUAUAAAAGUAAUGAAAAUGUGACAUAUUUUUGCGAUAAGAUAGAAAGAACAUUUUGAUGGCUCGUAAAAAAUUGUCAGAAAUGAUAUUCGAAAAAAUGGAGCAAAGAAUUACGGUGAUGUUUGGUUUAGGAACAUUUUCGAGAAACUUUUUCACGUGGUUUUGAAAAUUAUAAAUAAUCUUAUUUUUGAAAUUUCAAACUAAAUGAGAUAAAUUUUCCUCUUAACUCUGUGAUAUUUUCUUUUAGCUUCAUCAAUCCCAACUCAAACCAAAGAUAACUCCCCUGUUGUAAUUCCCGCUUGUCCCGCUGGUUCUCGUCCACUUCUUCGUCCAGAUGGUCAACCACGAAAAUGUCUUCCCCAUCAAAAUUCAUUGUGCAUAAAUGCUUUGCCAGAUAAACCAAAUGCGGAUACAGUUUGCUGUUAUCACAAUCAAGUUGAUUAUUAUUGUUGUUUGGAUACAACUGAACAACAAUGUCCAGAUUAUCAUCAGGUUACUGUAGUUAUUCACAAUUCAUUUCCACAAAAUCCAUUUGCAUUGAAAUCGUUCUUCUUCAAAGAUGGAAUUGAUGAUGAGGUAAGAAGAUUGGGACAGUAGUUCAUUCCGAAACCUUAAAUUUUUUUGCAGAUCAUUGAUGCUACUUUUGGCCGAGGUGAAAAUGGAAUUCAAAACGAGGGAGGACUUUUAGUUCGACAUAAUGAAAUCACUAAACACUAA